AUGGCUGGGAGAAAAAGAACUGUUCUAUCUGUGACAAGCGCAGCGUCAAAACACGACGAGAAACUGAAGGUUUCACCUGCCAAGCUGCAGAAACACACAGAGCGAAGCCGCUAUUUAAUUGAAGAUGAGCAGCAGGACAGACUGGGGGAAGAUUUCUUCAACCAACCCUGUAUCAGUUUGGCUAAAGACUUCCUCGGCAAGGUGUUAGUCCGCAGAUGUGAAGAUGGCACUGAGCUGAGAGGCAGGAUAGUGGAGACUGAAGCCUACCUUGGAGGGGAGGAUCAAGCUUCACACUCCGCAGGAGGCAAACGCACCGAAAGAAACACGGCCAUGUUCAUGAAGCCCGGCACCAUCUAUGUGUAUCCAAUAUAUGGCAUCUACUUCUGCAUGAAUGUGUCUAGUCAAGGGGAGGGUGCUGCUGUGCUGCUGCGCUCCUUGGAGCCUCUGCAGGGGUUGCCCGUCAUGAGGCAGCUGAGGACAGCUAAACGCAAAGAGGGGGCUCGGCAACUGAAGGACAAAGAGCUCUGCAACGGGCCCUCAAAGCUGUGCCAAGCUCUAAAUAUAUCCCGCUGUUUCGACCGCCGGGAUCUAGCAGCGGACCCAGAGGUGUGGAUGGAGAGGGACCCCAACACAAGUCUAACAGGACAACAUAUUAUAUCAGCACCACGCAUUGGAAUUGAAUCUCAUGGGGACUGGGCCAAGAAGCCGUGGCGUUUUUAUCUCCAUGGGCACCCAUGUGUUAGUGUUGUGAAUAAAGAGGCACAAAGACAGUUUGAAAAUGCAAUGACUAAUUUAAGUCCUGCUAAUGUGGGAGUCUAACUCAGGACAAUAACAUUAAAAAAGAAACUGCUUCA